CCGUAGUCGUAGUGACAGCCUUUGCCGGAUCCGGAGCCAGGAGCAGAGCGGCGCAGGACACUACGGCCCAGGACCAGGACCUGUACCGCUGGGCAAACGCCACUCGCUUCGCCCGGAGAGGAGAGCAGUCUCGGCAGUGGUCGGCGAGGCUGUGUGCCAGCAUCACCAGCAGCAGCAGCGGCAGCGGCAGCGGCAGCAGCAGAAGUGGCAGCAGCAACGGCGGCAGCACCAGGCUGUGCCACUCAGUUACGCGCAACAUUUCAACGCAACGUCGUGGCAAUUCCAAAUCGGCGGCAGACGCGGGCGUGCGCAGCGCACGGGCGGAUUGCACGUAAUAAAUCCUCCGGAACGGGCUAAAAAUACGGCAAACGCAACUAAUCACACACAAUAGAAACCGAAAAGAGAGCUAACUCUUCGCUAAGAAAAUCGUAAAUUUUGCGUAGCGUCUUGCAUGCGCCAUCUUGCACGAAAUCCCACGAAUAAUGUAGCAGAAACCGGAAACCGGACUGAAAAUAUACAUAAAUAAUAAACUUUACGCACCAACUAAUUUGAACACAAAAUAUAACCAAAAAAUACAAAAAAUUGCUCAUAUUUUUUUUCCGCCGCGUGCGCGUUUUUCAGUGUGUGUGUGUGUGUGUGCGUAUGCGUGCGUGUGUGUGCGUGCGUAUGUGUGGGUGUGAUUUCGCGCGCGUGUGUGUGUCGCUAUUUUCUUGUUGUUUUUUUUUUGGGUAACUUUUUUUUGCCGUUCUUUAAUCCCUGGCUGAAAUGAAAUACAACAAAAUAAUGAUCGAAAUGCGAGAAGCCAAGGCGAAAAUGUAAAACGGGCAAUGAUGCAAACGCACAUGAGUAAAAAAGAGUAAAUAAAAAAUUAAAAGAAAAAAUAUAUAUAUACAUAUAUUUAUAGAAAUUAUCAAGUUAAUUUUAAGGAAAACGAAACGCACAACAAAAAAGCCAAAAUAGAUCCAGUAAUAAAACUAAUUUAAAAUAAUCACCUAAGUCAACAAACUGCAGUUUCAGCAGCGCAAAACCGAGAACACCAAGUCUUACUAAGGAACUAUUCGACUAAGAGCGUUAACCAAAUCAAGCUGUUGUAUUUAGCUGCAAUCCAAAGACGUAAUGCUUUCGAUCUGAUGACAUUCGACUACGGGCGCCAUGAGCAUCAGUGCCACCUGGUUUUGGGUGCCAUCUCUGUCUCCACUUCCGAAUACGAAUCCGAAUCCGAAUCCGAGUCCACAUCCACAUCAGAAUCUGAUCUCCUUCUCCGCCACCCAUUGUCAGGCGCAGCCAACAGGUGAGACUUUGAUGCCAAUUGGAGUUCGUCUUGGAGCUUAGACAGCUGAACUCGUGGAGCAACAGGAAGAGCAACCGGAUAAGGGGGAACAGGAGCCCCCGCUGAAGUGGCGCCUCUGCCUUGCGCGAUGCAAGCGAACAGCAGCCGCUCCAACUUAAGCGCACAAUCCUCGGGCACGCCGUCGGCCUCAACGAUCUCCUCGUCCCAGGGCAAGCAACAAGUUGUCGAACUAUCGGGCUAUGUCAUCAUACUCGUCGAAAAUGUGGAGGGUAAAAUUAAACUAUACGGCUCACCGCCCGAUCGCGAUAAUCUGGAAGUGGGCGAUGAGAUACUCGAGGUCAAUGGCCUGACCCUGGAGAAUAUAUCGCGCACGGAGGUCAUUCGGCACAUACACGACUGCAUCAAAUCCUGCACCAUUUGUCUGCGUGUGCGAAAGAAGAAUGAUUCACGACUGGCCUGGGACAUUGGCAACUCGGUGCAGGACGCCUUCGUCAUCGCCGUCGAGGAGCACGCCCGCGAACGUCUGCAGAGAUUGGCGGCCUUGAACCGGGUCACGCCCGUCGACAUCACCCAGCUGUCCAAGAAGCUGCAGCAAACGAAGAGCGGCACUGCGACCAGUCAGCGCCAGGAUCUCAGCUUCCUGAACGAAUCGACGCCGAUCUAUGUGACAUCCUUCACGAGCAACCAGAUCACCUGCAGCAGUUCCACAAUGACGACGGCCACCGCCGGCGGUCCGAUCAGUGCACCAUCGCUGGCGACGGCCACUACCACCGUGCCGACGGCAUCCUCCCACACCACCACGGUGGUGGCCCAGAUCGAGCACGGUGCAUCGGCGCUGGUCAGUGCCGCUGUGGCAGCAGCCACUGCAGCGGAUCGCAAUGCGAAUAGCACAACGUCGGCGGCCCUAAAACAGACGGCCAAUUGCAUUGGGAAUAGCACAAGCAGUCUUGGCACGACCAGCACCACCAGCAGCCAAUCGACCAGCAGUGCCACGGGCCACAUCUACCAGACCAGUCAGGCGCAGCAGCAGCAGUUGCAACAGUUGCAGCAGCAGCUUGCGGCAGCAGCGGCGGCUGGAAAGCCAUUGCAGGCCAAAUCCCUGCUGGCCAGCAGCUUGCAACAUCUGGCCGAGGAGGUGGACAACGAGGAUCUGGACGAUGAUGACGAUGUGGAUGGGGCAAACUAUUGUGGCAUAACCUAUAUAAGCUACAACAACAAACAUGCCCAGUUGCCGACGACAACAUUGCCGGCGACGACCGCAUUGCCAGCGGCAGCUGCAUCAUUGGCCACAACGGCGGCGAUUUACCAACAGAGGCAGCAGCAACAACAUCAGCAGCAGCAGCAACAGCAGCAGCAGCCGGUGCACCACCACAACCACCCACCAACGGCGAGCCAACUGAAUAGAGCCACAGCACCGGCGCCACUGCAGCUUGGAGGUCCUGUCAAUCCCAGUUUCGUGGAUGCCCAGACAUCCACAUCACCGCUGAUGGCACAGCAGCUUCAUUCGCAGCAUGCGGAUGUGGAUGCAGCGCCACCAUCGUCGUCAUCAUCAUCAGCGGUGGUGGUGGUGGAGCGGCAUGUGCAUGGCACCACCACGCCCAAAACGGAGUACUCCACGGCCAUAUCCAGUGGCCAACUGCAACAGGCCUUUGCCGAAUUGCAGCUCCACUCGAGCAACAAUAAUGCAACACAGCAGCAGCAGCAACAUUUACUUUUAAGCAACAACAAUAAUAGCAAUAAUUCAAUGGCAGCGGCACAGACAACGGCAUCUCUGAUGAAGAAUUGUGAUCUACUGAUAUCGAACAAUCUGUAUCCACCGAGAAGAGAGUUACUAGAAGACGUCAUAGUCCAUCAAGCCAGUGAUGUGCAUUCAUACAGCACGAGUGCAUCAGCAGCAGCGAUCGCCAGCAGCAGCAACAGAUCACAGCAACAGCAACAGCAGCAGCAGCAGCAUCAGUUGCUGAGUGCCGCCUACGAGUUGCAGCAACAGCAGCAAUUGCAACUUCAGCAGCAGCAGCAGCAACAGAACAGUCCCACAAGUAGCAUAUCAAUUGGAAGAACUGAACUUUUACUGGGCGAUCAGAGUUUGCGGCAGGAUCCCAGAGGGAAUCGCCGGCGCUCCGGAUCGAGCAUUGUUGUGCUGGAUGGCGACGAUUUGAAGCCAUGUCUGCCGGAUGACUACAUAAGCGGUCAGCAUCAUUUGAACCACCAGCAGCAGCUGCAACUGCAGCAGCAGCUGCAGCAGCAACAUCCGCUCCAGCAGCAACACUAUCGCACGCACUCGGGCGACAUCAGGGAGAUUGACCAGGAAAUGUUGACCAUGUUGUCCGUGAACCAAGAUAACGGUCCACACCGUGAGAUGGCCGUCGAUUGUCCGGACACGUUCAUCGCACGCAACAAGACGCCACCCCGAUAUCCGCCACCCCGUCCACCACAGAAACACAAGAAAAGCACCAACACCACCACCACCACCACAAUCACAGCUUUGACUAACAAUGAUCAUGCUAACAAAAUGUUAAUUGUUGCAUAUCAUUCUUCACAUCAACAUGAACAACUACAACAACAACACCCAUCAAAAACAUCAACAACAACAACAACAAUUGCACUCGAUGUGGCCACACAAAAUUUGUACAAUCAAAAACAACAAAACAAAUUGGAACAAAUCGAAAACUAUGAAAAUUGCCUGCAAUCGGAACGAAAUGAACAACACGAACAACAAUUUGAACAACAGAAGCAACAUCAAGCGACAACCGCAAUGGCAGCAACACAGGUGGCACAACAGCAGACGCCCAGCCACAAGUUGCAGGCAACAUUGAGCAGCGAUCCGAAUGGCAACAGCAAUAGCAACAACAAUAGCCACAUAGUUGGCAUCAGCAGCAGCAGCAGCAGCAACAACAGCAGCAUCACCGAUGAUUUCCUGUGCGUUGUGGAUGGCCUGUAUCAGGGACGCAAGGACACGGCCUCGCCCUCAUCGAGCGCCUUCGAUGAGGUGAUGAGCAAACAUACCCUGGACUCCUUUGGCAGCAUCGCCUAUCGUCACCUGCACCAGCAGCAUCAGGCGACGAGCAAUGGCAACAGCAGCAGCAACACGAGCAAUACCAACAGCAACACCAACAGCAACACCAACAGCAACAGCAACACCAAUGGCAACACGAGCAACAACACAGCUGUUUCAACCAAAACGGCAACGGUGACCAAAACAGGCGUGAGCAGCAGCAACAGCAACAGCAACUCGCUGAACAGCAGCAACAGCUCGAUGCACACGAGCAGCAGCAGCAGCGGUCACAGCAGCAACAUAGCCAGUGCCACAUCAUCAUCAUCCGCCACCAGCAGCUCAACGGUGCCCGAUGAUCUGAGCCUGGCGCCACCCGGCUACGAGCUCAAUGGGAAUGCGAAGCCCGUACCGCCGCCACGUGAUCAUCUGCGGGUGGAGAAGGAUGGUCGGCUGGUCAAUUGCUCACCCGCACCACAGCUGCCGGAUCGCAGGGCGCCGGGAAAUGCGAGCAGCGGCAGCAGCGGCGCCACAACGCAUCCGCUGCAGCAUCAGCAGAUCGCCCAGAUUGUUGAGCCCACAUUGGAGCAGCUGGACAGCAUCAAGAAAUACCAGGAGCAACUGCGCCGACGACGCGAGGAGGAGGAGCGCAUAGCGCAGCAAAAUGAAUUCCUGCGGAACAGUCUUCGUGGCUCCAGGAAGCUGAAGGCGCUUCAGGAUACGGCUACGCCCGGUAAAGCGGUUGCCCAGCAGCAGCAGCAGGCAACGCUGGCCACCCAGGUGGUUGGCGUGGAGAAUGAGGCAUAUCUGCCCGACGAAGACCAGCCGCAGGCGGAACAGAUCGAUGGCUAUGGCGAACUGAUAGCGGCCCUUACCCGCCUGCAAAACCAGCUGAGCAAGAGCGGACUGAGCACGCUGGCGGGUCGCGUUUCGGCCGCCCACAGUGUCCUGGCCAGCGCCAGUGUGGCCCAUGUCCUGGCCGCUCGCACCGCAGUACUGCAGCGACGACGUUCCCGCGUCUCUGGUCCACUGCAUCACAGUUCCCUCGGAUUGCAGAAGGACAUUGUGGAGCUGCUAACGCAAUCGAAUACGGCGGCGGCCAUCGAGCUGGGCAACCUGCUGACCAGCCAUGAAAUGGAGGGUCUGCUACUGGCCCACGAUCGCAUUGCCAAUCACACGGAUGGCACGCCCUCGCCAACGCCCACGCCCACUCCGGCAAUUGGAGCGGCGACGGGAUCGACACUCAGCAGUCCGGUGGCUGGACCCAAGAGAAAUCUAGGUAUGGUGGUGCCACCGCCCGUGGUACCACCGCCACUGGCGCAACGCGGAGCAAUGCCACUGCCUCGCGGGGAGUCGCCACCGCCGGUUCCCAUGCCACCACUGGCUACAAUGCCCAUGUCCAUGCCCGUUAAUCUGCCGAUGAGUGCGUGCUUUGGCACGCUAAACGAUCAGAACGACAACAUUCGUAUCAUCCAGAUCGAGAAGUCAACGGAGCCGCUGGGCGCCACAGUGCGCAACGAGGGUGAGGCGGUGGUCAUCGGUAGGAUUGUGCGUGGUGGAGCGGCGGAGAAGUCGGGACUGUUGCACGAAGGUGAUGAGAUACUGGAGGUCAACGGUCAGGAGUUGCGUGGCAAGACGGUGAACGAAGUGUGCGCCCUGUUGGGCGCCAUGCAAGGCACCCUGACCUUCCUGAUCGUCCCAGCGGGUAGUCCACCGUCCGUCGGCGUGAUGGGCGGAACAACGGGCAGUCAACUGGCCGGGUUGGGUGGAGCACAUCGUGACACCGCCGUGUUGCACGUACGGGCGCAUUUCGACUACGAUCCAGAGGACGAUCUGUAUAUACCCUGCCGGGAGCUGGGCAUCAGCUUCCAGAAGGGCGAUGUACUGCACGUGAUUAGCCGCGAGGAUCCCAACUGGUGGCAGGCGUAUCGCGAGGGCGAGGAGGACCAGACGCUGGCCGGUCUUAUUCCUAGUCAGUCGUUCCAGCAUCAGCGCGAGACCAUGAAGCUGGCCAUUGCGGAGGAGGCGGGUCUGGCGCGAUCCCGCGGUAAGGACGGAUCGGGCAGCAAAGGAGCCACGCUCCUGUGUGCGCGCAAGGGUCGCAAAAAGAAGAAGAAGGCCAGCUCCGAGGCGGGAUAUCCUUUAUACGCCACCACGGCGCCGGAUGAAACGGAUCCGGAGGAGAUACUCACCUACGAGGAGGUGGCCUUGUACUAUCCCCGCGCUACCCACAAGCGGCCCAUCGUCCUCAUCGGCCCGCCCAACAUUGGAAGACAUGAGUUGCGCCAACGUCUGAUGGCCGACUCGGAGCGUUUCUCCGCCGCAGUGCCACACACAUCACGAGCCCGCAGGGAGGGCGAAGUGCCCGGAGUGGACUACCACUUCAUCACGCGACAGGCCUUUGAGGCGGAUAUUUUGGCGCGCCGCUUUGUGGAGCACGGUGAAUAUGAGAAGGCCUACUACGGCACAUCACUGGAGGCCAUACGCACGGUGGUGGCCAGCGGCAAGAUCUGUGUGCUCAACCUGCAUCCGCAGAGCCUUAAGCUGCUGCGCGCCUCUGACCUCAAGCCGUACGUGGUGCUGGUGGCGCCGCCCAGCUUGGACAAGCUGCGCCAAAAGAAGCUGCGCAACGGCGAACCCUUCAAGGAGGAAGAGCUCAAAGACAUCAUUGCCACGGCCAGGGAUAUGGAGGCCCGUUGGGGUCACCUAUUCGACAUGAUCAUAAUCAACAACGACACGGAGCGCGCCUACCACCAACUGCUGGCCGAGAUCAACUCGCUGGAACGCGAGCCCCAAUGGGUGCCCGCCCAGUGGGUGCACAACAAUCGCGACGAGUCAUAAUGGGUUCUAAAGCACCCGCAACCACCACACUACCAUCUUCCCUAGGAUCCAUCAACACCCAAGAAAUGAAUAGCAAACCCAAACUCUUUGUAAAUACAAUUUUCAAUUGAGCCAUGAAGCGGAGAGCAGGAUCGAUUCCAGUCCAGUAGUUCGGUUUGCCUGCCGAUGCGAUUAAUCCCAACCCCUCCAAUAUUAUAUAUAAAUAUAUAUAUAUUUAUACUAUUCGUUGCAUAUGUGCAUUUUAGUCUUAGAGAGAGAUCGAGUUUUAAUUGUGUGUACUCCUGUUUUAAAAGCAUUCCAACCUCUUUAUGUAUGUUCACAAAAUUUGUUGUUCGAUUAAUCGAUUUCGGGAAUGCCACAGAGGAAAUGGUGAUGCUGAAAUCAGUGAUUUCAAAAACCAUAUUGCUUCUUGUGGCACUUCCGUUUUCCUCUUUUUUUUUACCACUACCACUAACUUAUAUACUGUAAAAGAAUGUUUUUUUUUUUUUUGUAUUUAAAUUAAGCUUGGACACUUCCUUAAUUUCAAAGGGCAAAUUGAAAUUGUAAAAUAACGAAUCAGCAAAGGAAGGCCAGAAUCGAUAUGAUAGUACCCCUAGUACCCAAUAAAAUGUGUAAUAAUACCCAUAAGCGACUCCGAAUGUUAACAGAGCCAGAACAAUCCGUAGGCAGCUGUGCGAGGGGAGAUCGAUCCGUCGGAUAUAGAUUCAUAUUCAUCUUCAGAUUCAAAUUCAAAAGCAGAAUCAGAAACAUACAGAGAAACCGAAUCAGAAGCGCAGAUACAGAUGCAGAUGCAAGUGUUGCAAUUACGUAAUCUAUUUACUUUAUAAAAUAUAUACUAUACGGAUAUACAUACACAUAAAUUAUAAAUCGAAGCGUACUUAAUACAAUUAAUUUUUAACAAAACGAAUGCAAGAGCAAAGUGAAAACUAAGAAAUAAAACCGUUCAUAAGAGAGAAACAACAAAAUCAGUAAGUCAUUGCCAAAAAAAAAAAAAACAAGAAAAACGAGAAAAACAAAAAGAGUUAAAUAAAUGAGAGUGUUAGAUGAGGAGAGUUAGGAGAAUCACUUAGAAAAAAACCACUCCACGAGCGAAAUUGUUAAAAACAAAAACGGAAACGGAAAAACAAAAUACUUAGCCAACUUUAAGCACUGUAAGAUAAUGGAAAACCCAAUAAACGAAUGCAAAUAGUAAGCCGGAAAGAAAAUGAACAGGCUAAGGUAUCCGAAACAAAAGCAAAAACAAAAGGAAAAUCGAAAAACGAAAAACAAAGUAAUUCCCAAGUAAAUGUUGUUGUAAUUAAUUAUUUAAACCAAUUCGUCUAGAGAGAGAACAGGGAUGGCAGGGCGGCAGAUCCAGUUGGUUUCAAUUCCAACCACAACUAACUAACUAGAUAUACCGUGCAUAUAGAGAUCUAUACAAAUUCCAUUGAGCAGCAGCUAAAAACCAGAAUUUUAUAUUAAAAGAAGUGUGGGUCAAGUAAAAUAGCAAACUAUGUUACGCAAUGUUGAACACUUGAAAGUUUCUAAAAGCGAAUGAUAUCUAAUAUACCUUAAAAUCUACAUAUACGGUGUCCCGCUUGCCAUUUCCAUUUCGAUCCAUUUGCUAGAUGGCUGCACUUGCCAGAUUAUCCCUGUAUCCUUUGAGUCCUCGAGAUCAUAUUUCGAUCUGAUGGACUAAUAAUGGAUUCUUGGUAGAGUUUGAAUUGAAAUCGGAAAUGGUAGCGGGGCAAGUAAUAAUAAAAUUCAAAAAACAAUUUUUUUUUUGUAGUCCACAAGGUAUAAAAAAAUGUGUGUGCAGUAAAUCUGUUUAAGUUUUUAUUUAUGUAUGUGUGUGGUGUAGCAAAACUAAACUAAAUACGAAACAAAUACCUAAAGAAAAACAAAGCGGAUUGCAAAAUAGGCACGGUUUAAUAGCCAUUGUACGAAAUUAACGACAUUUAUGAGUAACCCUAACGCAAAAAUGCGGACAAAGUCAGAUGAAAUAACAAUAUUAAUAAUAAUAAAAAAAAUCGACAAACCAAGAAAUAU